AUGGAUCCGAUGCAUCCCGUUCCCUCGUCAUACACUGUACUGUGCAGUGCUGCCGUACAGGGGCAGUCGGAAGUUAUCCGUGUGCUUGUCGCCGCGGGGGCCGACACAGACCUGAAGGUGUGCCGUGAUGGGAGGAAAGGAGGGGCGACUCACGACGCUUCUCCCCUUCUUCUGGCAGUUGUUGGUGAACAUCUGGAAGCGGCACGUGUUCUUCUGGAAGGAGGUGCGGAGGUGGGAGCGAAGAACUUGAACGGUCUCACCCCGCUCCACGUCGCCUGCCUCAAGCCCAACCCCGAAAUGGUGUCGUUGUUGCUACGUUGGGGGGCCGACACAAACGCCCGGGACAGGAAGAAGAGGACUCCAGAACAAAUCGUAGGCAAGCCUUUGCCUCGUUAA